AUGUAUAAACCACAAGAUAGCCUAAGGCCCAAAUUCGAAAUAAGGUUACAACUACACAAUAACAUGGACACAAGAUUCACAAUAAUCAGUCCACGCAAGAUCAUUUUAUUGGCUGUGGUGGCUGCUGUCUCGGGAGGGGCUGUCCCAGUUUCCGUUUUACAAAGCUACCCGAGCUCCGUUGAACCUGCGAGAAUUUACCAAAACAAUAAUGGAUAUGUACAGAUCUUACGUUAUGACAACGACAACAUCGGUUUAGGAAACUACAGAUACGCGUACGAACAGUCCGACGGCACCAAACAAGAGCAGCAAGGUGAAAUCGUAAACGAAGGUCGUGAAGAUGAGAGUAUUGCAGUCAGCGGUUCCUUCACUUGGAUAGGCCCCAACGGUAUCAGAUACACCGUGACAUACAAAGCUGAUCAGAACGGUUACCAGCCCACCAUCGAAGAGGGCCCAGGUGCUGUCCCUCCCUCGGUUGUCGCCUCCCUCUUAGGUUAA